AUGCUGGUGUUCGCUGCGCUGCUGUCUCUCGCGGCGGCACAGACAUCUGUGGUGAGCUGCCACGGCGACCUGGCCCGAACCCGCCGCCUGGUGGCGCGGGGCGGAACUGAGCCACCCACCCGGCAGAUGCCAGCUCACUUCUCUGAGCCUGUGCUGAUAGAACGCUUUGGCUACCCGGUGGAAACUCACAACUUGACAACGAGCGACGGAUACCUCCUGACCCUGCACCGCAUACCAGCCGGCAGCGCGAGGAACAGAGCAGUUGUCCUGCAGCACGGAGUCACAGGGAGCUCUGCUGACUGGGUCCUGAUGGGACCAGGCCGAUCUCUGGGACUGCUGCUGGCGGACUCCGGCUACGACGUGUGGAUGACGAACGACCGCGGCGGCAGCUACUCGCGAGGACACACCAGUCUCCCCGCCGCCAGCCCCAAGUACUGGGACUUCUCGUUCCACGAGGCGGGAACACUGGACCUGCCCACCGCCAUAGAGUACAUACUACUGGCGACAAGUGAGUCCAAGCUGUUGCUGGUGGCACACUCGACUGGCAGCUCGAACAUCCUCGCCAUGUGCGCGAGUCUGCCAGCGGUGUGCGACAAGCUGCGUGGAGUGGUCAGCCUGGCACCCGUGGCGGGCCUGGCCUCGCCCAGGCGCGCGGUGCUCGCGGCCCUGCGCCAGCGGCUGGCGUCGUUCAAGCUGGUGGCGAGGAAGAGCCGCGUGUACCAGGUGCAGAGAGCCAGCUGCCGAGGCAAAACAGCUCAGUCACAGCUGGUGUGCAGCAACUUCAUGUUAGGUGUGGCUGGCUACAAGCCUGGGGACAUUGACCAGGAGGUGGCUGUAGCCUCUUUAAACUACUCUUCUUACAGUACAUCCAUAAAGGCGGUGGAGCACAUCCUGCAGAUAAUGCGCGCAGGCCGCUUCCAGCAGUUCGACUACGGGGCCGCGAGCAACCUGAGGCGAUACGGCACGAAGACUCCUCCGGCCUACAACCUGAGUGCCGUCAGCGCACGAGUGGCCAUCGUGUACAGCAGCGGAGACACCCUGGCUUCCCCCAAGGAUAUCGAUAAGCUGUCUGCAUCCCUUCCUAAAGUGAAGAAUGUGCUCAAAGUUGACAAAAGCAUUUUCAAGCAUUUUGACUAUGUUCUAUCGACCAGAGCAAGGGAACUUGUUUAUGACGCAGUUAUUACUUUGCUGAGUGACUUGACGAGCCUGUUCGACUUCAGCUCUGACACGGGUGUGGUGGUUGUGAGCUUCCCGCCUCAACAGGACACAGACGAGUGAUGGAGCCUGCCCCACCGCAUCACCAUUCACAACCACGAGAACUUUCAGUCAGCAACUCGCACUUUAUCAUAUUUGACUGUCAAGAUUUCAUUGGCACUGU